UCUAUGAAGUCCUUUCUUUUUUUGUGUGUCGUCCUUGCGGUGGCGGUAACAGUCGCCCCACAGGACCUUGGUCUGUUACCGUACGAUCCGUUCCAAGAUGAUCCUAUCGAACCCCAACUGGGACAACUGACAGAAUUCGAGCAAGACGAUGCUGAAGCUUUUCCCCAACAACAACAGCAACAGCAACAACAACAACAAGCAGAGUUGGAUCAACCUCAACAAGAAGAAGACGAGCAACAACAACAACAACAGCAGCAACAGCAGCAGCAGUUUGAUGACAUAGACGAAUUCGACGCGUUCAGAGAGGAACCCCAAUUCGAACAACAAAACGCUCCAUUACAAGAAGCCGAAGAACCUCAAAUGGAACAACUCAAUGUCAACAGACAAGGAACGUCUGAGCCACAAUUGGAACAACUGAAGAAGAAAGAGGAUCAUAAAAAGAAGAAGUCUACGUCGUUAGGAGCUGUUGGCCUAGGAGGUUCCAGCACACCGGUCGAUCUCAAGCACGAGAAAAAAAUCAUCAUUAAGGCGCAUCCGAAAUUUAAAUACCAGUAUCAGGUCCACGACAAGAAAACAAAAGACAUCAAGUCAAAGAAGGAAGAAAGGGAAGGUCACAAACUGAAGGGCGAGUACAAACUGCUCCAGCCUGACCACUUAUGGCGUCACGUAAAAUACAGUUCGGAUAAAAAGCAAGGAUGGGUCGCCCACGUGACCUACUCGAAAGGAUAAUGAAAAUGAAAAUCAAAAUGGCUGUAAUUCUGCAAUGAUCCGUUUCGUCAUUACAGAAUAUCAUUAUAAGGAGUCCUAUGUUUAUACCUCGGUUAACGAUU